AUGCAGCUCAUUCCUAAGGAGCUCGAUAAGCUAGCCAUAUCCCAGCUGGGAUUUCUUGCUCAACGCCGUCUUGCACGAGGAGUGCGGUUAAACCAUGCUGAAGCUGUUGCUUUGAUAUCCUCCAAUCUCCAGGAACUUAAGCUGAUCCGCGAUGGAAACUACACAGUCGCCGAUCUCAUGUCAAUCGGCAAGACCAUGCUCGGUCGUCGUCACGUUCUCCCCUCCGUCGUAUCGAGUCUCUCAGAACUCCAAGUUGAGGGUACCUUCCCGACUGGCACGUACCUUGUUACCGUUCACAACCCCAUCAGCACCGACGAUGGAGACCCAGAAAAGGCUCUUUAUGGCAGUUUCCUGCCGGUACCACCAAAGGAGGCUUUCCCUGACCCAGACCCUGCCGAUUAUGAACCGCACAAGGUGCCUGGUGCGGUCAUAGCGGUCAAGGACCGGAUCUCGUUAAAUGAAGGCCGGAAACGAAUCAAGCUCAAAGUCAUGAGCAAGGGCGACAGACCGAUUCAGGUUGGAUCUCAUUACCACUUCAUAGAAACCAACCCAGAGCUCCACUUUGAUCGCAUCAAGGCUUAUGGGUACCGAUUGGAUAUACCCGCGGGAACAUCGGUCCGGUUUGAACCAGGAGAUACUAAAACCGUCACUCUCGUGGAAAUUGGGGGCAAUAAGAUAAUCAGCGGGGGCAACUUCAUCGCGCCCGGAAAAGUCGAUCUGGGUCGAACCGAAGAGAUUAUACAACGACUGCAGCAGGCAGGAUUUGCACAUGUUCCCGAGCCCACGGCUGACAGCUCUCUAAUCAGUACCAGUGCCUUUUCCAUGGAAAGGGAAGCAUAUGUCCGCAUGUAUGGCCCCACUACCGGGGAUCUCGUCAGACUCGGGGCAACAAAUCUUUGGAUCAAAGUCGAAAAGGACCUGACUGUCUACGGCGACGAAUGCACUUUCGGAGGAGGCAAAUCCUUGCGGGAAGGAAUGGGCCAGGCCUCUGGGCGAAGUGCCGCAGAAUGUGUGGACACGGUCAUCACAAAUGCGCUGGUGGUCGACUGGAGCGGAAUAUACAAAGCUGAUAUCGGCAUCAAAAACGGUAACAUUGUUGGAAUUGGCAAGGCGGGCAAUCCGGAUGUGAUGGAUGGCGUUCACCCGGACCUGGUGAUCGGAUCUUCCACCGACGUGAUUGCUGGGGAGAACAAAAUCGUGACCGCCGGCGGUUUGGACACCCACAUCCACUUCAUUUGUCCUCAGCAGGUGAACGAGGCGCUUUCUUCAGGUAUUACAACCCUGCUGGGUGGCGGAACCGGUCCCAGCACUGGCACCAAUGCGACCACCUGCACGCCGGGUCCGACUCACAUGCGCCAGAUGAUCCAGGCGUGUGAUUCCCUCCCGAUCAACAUCGGUAUCACUGGGAAAGGCAAUGAUAGCGGCAAAGAGAGCAUUCGAGAGCAAUGCAUCGCCGGUGCCGCUGGAUUGAAAUUGCACGAAGAUUGGGGGAGCACUCCUGCUGCGAUUGAUACGUGUCUCGAGGUGUGCGACGAGUUCGAUGUUCAGUGUAUGAUCCAUACGGAUACGCUCAACGAAUCCGGUUUCGUGGAACAAACGAUCAAAGCGUUCAAAAACCGGACGAUCCACACGUAUCACACCGAAGGAGCCGGUGGCGGACACGCGCCAGACAUUAUCUCCGUGGUCGAACACAACAAUGUGCUGCCUAGUAGCACCAACCCAACCCGGCCCUUCACAUUGAACACUCUGGACGAGCAUCUCGACAUGCUCAUGGUCUGCCACCACCUGUCAAAGAACAUCCCCGAAGAUGUCGCCUUUGCGGAAAGUCGAAUCCGCGCUGAGACGAUAGCGGCGGAGGAUGUCCUGCACGACCUGGGAGCGAUAAGCAUGAUGUCGUCAGACUCGCAGGCAAUGGGACGCUGCGGGGAGGUGAUCUUACGGACAUGGAACACCGCGCACAAGAACAAGAUGCAGCGCGGUCCGCUGCCAGAGGACGAGGGGACGGGAGCGGACAACUUCCGCGUGAAGCGGUACAUCAGCAAGUACACGAUCAACCCGGCUAUUGCACAGGGCAUGUCGCACGUCAUCGGAAGCGUCGAGGUGGGCAAGGUAGCCGAUUUGGUGCUGUGGCAGCCCAGCACGUUCGGCACGAAGCCGGUGAUGGUGCUGAAGAGUGGCAUGAUCGCCGUUGCGCAGAUGGGAGAUCCCAAUGCCUCUAUACCGACCGUCGAGCCUAUAAUCAUGAGACCUCAAUUCGGAGCCUCUCUCCCCAGCGCAUCAAUCACAUUCGUCUCCCAAGCCUCCAUCGACCAGGGCGUGAUCCAAUCGUACAAUCUGCGGAGACGGGUCGAAGCCGUCAAGAACUGCCGCAACAUCGGCAAGAAGGACAUGAAGUACAACGACGUGAUGCCGAAGAUGAGGGUGGAUCCGGAGAGUUAUGUUGUCGAAGCAGACGGCAAGCACUGCACCGCCGAACCGGCGUCUACGCUUCCUCUUACGCAGGAAUUCUUCGUUUACUGA